UUUCUUCCAUGGAGGAAUGGCUUGCAGAGUUGGCAAUGUCCUCUCACUCUCUCUCUUUCUCUUUCUGUUUCUCUCUCUAACACUCUCUUUUCUGGGCAGUUAAGCUGCUCCAAUCUCCCCACCUACUCUUCCCUUUCUCUCUCUAACAAAAACCACAGCUUUCUCUCUCUAACCCAACCUCAGUUCAGUUCUCAUUCCUUCAUUUAUUGUUCUCAUUCAUUCGUGUAUUUUUCCGCAUACUUUUCUUUUCCCUUUUACAGAGGUAGCGUCAGCUGAAUCCUAGCGAGAGAGAGAGAGAGAAAGAUGCCUCUGGUGAGGUUUCAGGUUCGGAAUGAGUUCGGACUGGGGAACUCGGAGCUUCACUCGCGGCUCAACAAAGAAGAUCCUAAAGCUGUGCUUGAUGGUGCCGCCGUGGCUGGCUUGGUUGGGAUCUUGAGACAAUUGGGCGAUCUCGCCGAGUUUGCUGGAGAGGUGUUUCAUGGAUUGCAGGAGCAGGUAAUGGCUACUUCUUCCCGAAGCCAUAAAUUGAUGGUACGUGUGCAACGCAUUGAAGCUGCUCUUCCUCCCCUUGAGAAGGUUGUAUUGGCACAAACGAGCCACAUACAUUUUGCUUAUACAGCCGGUUCAGAGUGGCAUCCCCGUAUUCACAAUGAAAGACACCAUUUCAUUAACAACGACUUGCCUCAUUUUAUUAUGGAUUCAUACGAAGAAUGUCGUCGUCCUCCUCAUCUGCACUUGCUUGACAAAUUUGAUACUGGUGGACCUGGAUCUUGUUUAAAGCGAUAUUCAGACCCAACCUUCUUUAAGAGAGUAUCAGCUGUUUCUGAUGAAGUAAAUGCUGAGAAGAAUCCAAGAGAUAGGAAGGCUCGACGAAGCAAGAAAAAACGAUCAUCAAAGCAGAAGGGAGAUGUAUCACGUGGUGCCUCAAUGUCAGAUUCUCACAAUAACAGCAUGCCGUUUAUUCCUCCUACUGUUGAAGCGCGAAGCUCUCCAUCUCAAGCCACUUCUACAGUUGACACGACACUAAAAUAUGAUAGGGGGAACCAUUUAAAUUCUUUUGAUUCUAGAGCUGAGUCUGGAUAUAUCGAAUGUGUUUUUCAUCCAAGUUCAUCUGUUCAAGCUGGAGAACAAGAAUUCAAGGAUUCACCCCCAUUUAGAAUGACUCAGCAUAAUGAUACUCUUAAUUCUGUUUUUGCUGAUGAACAUGUUGGCUUUAUGGAUGAUCGCCUUUCCCGAAGUUCAUUACAGGAACCAAUUACCUCCGGUUCAUCAUGUGUUACCUGGGAUGAGAAGGCAGAAAUAAUGGAUCCUAGUCAAGAGAGUAAUUUGGAUGAAACACUAGAUCUGCAUCAGAAUUUGCCUACUAUAGAUGCAAAUGGAUAUGGAGCUGGGAACAUUACAAUUGUUGAUCAAAUGGAAAUAUUUGGUGACAAAAGCAUGCACGAACGAAUUUCAGAUCAAAUGGAAAUGCUUGGCAACAAAACCAUCCAUGAAAGAACUGUCGAUCAAAUGGAAAUGCCUGGUGACGAAAACAUCCACAAAAGAACUGUUAAUCAAUUGGAAAUGCUUGGCGAGCAAAACAUCCAUGAAAGAACUGUUGAUCAAAUGGAAAUGCUUGGUGACAAAAUCAUCCACAGAACUGUUGAUCAAACAGAAAUGCACAGUGAACAAAAUAUCCAUGAAAGAACUGCUGAUGAACUAGAAAUUUUUGGUGAACAAAACAUACAUGAAAGAUCUGUUGAUCAAAUGGAAAUUCUCGCUGAACAAGACGUACACGAAAGAUCAGUUGGCCAAAUGGAAAUGCUUGGUGACGAGAAUAUCCACGAAUCAGCCUCCAACUCGAAUGAGAUUGAUGAAAUUGAAAGUGAAACAGACAAUUUCAUGGAUGCCCUUAAUACCAUUGAAUCAGAUGCUGAAAAUGAUCUUGAUUAUCAGACCAAAAGGGAGGUAGAACAGUUUCCCACCAUUUUCAACAAUGAUGUGGAAGACAGAAUGCAUGAACUGAAUGUGAAUUGGUCAGAUCGUUGCGAUGAUCCUCCAACAUCUACAUUUGAUAAUGCAUCCUUCACUUCCACUAACAAAGAAGAGGCGACAGACCUCCAUGACUCAGUCUCUUUAGAGAGUUGUGUCCAUGAACAACUGCCUACACCUGACAUUUCCCCAAACAAAGAAGAGUCCUGUGAUCUUCCCAAUUCAUUUUCCUCUGACAGUCAUGAUGAUGUCCAAAUUUCUGAAUCAUCUACAGAUCAUGAUGCUGUCAUUACUAGAAGUGAAGAUAUUUAUGAUGGUUCAAAAUUAGAAUCAGUUAUGUCUACCCCAUCAUCCUCUGUAACCAAGCCUGUUGAUGUACAGGACCCAUCAGGAAAGAAGACUACGAGUGCUGUCCACGACUCUGAAGAAUCUCAGGCUGACCUACCCAGAAAUCAUUCAAUGAGGUUCUGGACCAAUGGUGGCUUGUUAGGACUUGAACCAUCUAAACCUCCUGAUUUUUCCAUGUCAAGUACUGUUACUCAGGAUUCUGUGAAUAGCAGUAAAACUGAUGCAGUUGGUCAAUUAAACCAUACUUAUGAGCUUAAGGAUGAGAUGCAUGGAGGCAAUUCAAAUAUAUCGCCCAUUAACAUUGCAGGUAAUGGAAAGGAUUCUAGUACAAAUACAAAAUGCUCCACAUCAUGCGGCAACGAUGAAGAAGAUGGUACCUCUACUAAGAAAACGUCUCAGGGAUCUUCAACAACUUGUUUAGACUCAACACAUGGAAAUGCUGAUGAUUCUCAUAUGCAAAAUGGAAAUCAUACUAACAGGGAAAAUAAUGCAAAUGAAACCAGUGUGUAUGGAACUGGUAAAGUACUCCCAGUUGCUCCAAAUGUCAAAAACACUUUUACCAAAACUAGUGAAGAGCAUGAUGAAAAUUCAUCUCUGGUUUUUGGACUCAGCCGUCGGUUGCUUUCUAAUGGUUUUAGCAGAAAAGUAUCUGAUGCGAAAGAUGAAAAAUUUGAAUCAAUUAGUUCAAUGAAUGAUAGCAUUUGGGAGCAGGGGAAUGAGCACCAUAGAGCAGCACACCAAAGACUACCUGAAAGAGCCUUCAAAGAACAUUUUGGAUUUGGAUCUGCUGCCAAUUCACCCUCUUCUUCUCCACCACUUGAACAUAUGAAAAUAUCUUUCCAUCCUAUAGAUAGCUUUGAGACUUCUACUCUAAAACUAAAAUUUUCUGAUGGGACACAAAGCCAUGAAAGCAUAGGAGACAUGUUUCCAUCAUUUCAAUUGAUCCCAAAGCCUGCUAUUCCUCCGCACAACUAUGGUUCUGAUUCAGAUGAUGACACGUUUUGUAGAUCUUCUCCAUGCAUGUCAGAUGAUUGUCUUAGCCAACACUCAGAGUCAAAUUCAGAACAGUGGGAAUGUGGCGAAACUAUGGAAGGCGAGGAAGAAGACCAUGGUGUAUAUUAUCCUUUACAUGGAAUAUCAUCAGCUGAACAUAUUUCAGGUUCUCUUGAUUUUGAUAAAAUAACCAAUGGUGAAAUCUGCUAUGAUGGUGGAUUUAAACGUACAAACUCUGGAAAUGGGUUGGAACUCUCUCUCUGUGACCCUAUACUUGAUCUUCCAAGUUUUGAUGCUGUGAAACCUGCUAUGCCACAAGAAACAGAAAAUGAUUCCGAUCCAAAGAAUCUCCUUGAUUCAAGAUGUCAUGCCGAUCCUUCCCCAAUACCUCCACCUCUUCCUCCUGCACAAUGGCGGGUCUCAAAACCUCACAUGGAUGAGGCAGAAGACAUAACAGGUAUUACAUCCGAGGAUUUUAGAAAUGAAUUGAGUGCAAAAUUGUUGGCUUCUAUGGCUUCCCAGAAACCUAAAGAGGUUCCAGCAGGCCAACAAAAUGAUGAAGAGCUGACAGUCAAACCAAAAACCAAGGACCAGCAGAAGUUGAAUAGCCAGAAAGAAAUUAAGCAAGCCCCAAAUAAUAAUGGAAUCGAUGAAAGGGAGGACUUCUUACAACAAAUCAGAACAAAAUCUUUCAAUCUGAGACGCACGGUGACAGCAAAGCCAACUACUACAACACCUGCACCCGCUGCGAACAACAAAGUCACCGCAAUUAUAGAGAAAGCAAAUGCAAUUCGCCAGGCUGUUGGGAGUGAUGAUGGCGAAGAAGACGACGAUACCUGGAGUGACAUUUAAAUUUUUCACCGACACAUUUGCUGUAGCUCCAACAAUCGAAAUGUUUCCAAGUUCGCGAAGUUGAUCGAGGCCGUCCAUCAUAUGUGUAUGUGAAUAACUUAAGUUUCUUUGUAAAUUAUGUUUAGGUCUACUAAUCUUGUAUCUCAUUGCAGUUAUUUUUCUUAAAUAAUUUUUUUAAAUGUAGUUGAAUUCGUUGUAAAACAUGAGAAAAAUAGUUGAGUUUGAUGCAGCAAGGCAGUUAUUUCCACAUA